AUGUCCAAGUUCUUAUCAAAAAUCCUUCUUCCUAUAUUGAUGCGCGAGGCCGGGAUGUGUGAUGUUGAUGAAGAAAGCAUGAUGAUCUUAAACCCUAAUAUGAUCAUUGGAAAGUUGCAGAUUCAUAAUAUUGAAAACAAUUGUGGGCCGGUCGAAGAUGUUGAAGAAGAAGAAGAAGAAUAUGGGUGUGGAGAGACUGAACAAGAUGAUGAUGAUGCUGCUGCUGCAUGCAAGAAACUGAAAGAAAAUCCUGUCAAGAAAAUCAUUGAGAAUAAAUACAAAGCAGCCCUUGAAGUUACAUUAAGAGAAAAGUCUCCCAAGAAACCUGUUGUUGAAGACCCAUUGGAGAACGACUCGUUGAUUACGUCCUCUGAAUUCAGUGAGAGAAAAAGAAAGAAGGAGACAAAAAGGAAUGGCAGAAGUGGAGAAGGAUAUUCAUCAAGAAACUUCAAGAAAAGACGCAUUAAUCCGACGGAAGAGCCAGCGCCUCCAUUGCCCAUACAGUUCAAAAAUGCAAUCCUUGCCCUAGCACAAGGUAGAACUGUCUCGGAAGUAAAGUUGGUGAUACAGAAGCAAUUGUUCGCUAGUGAUAUGGCUAAGGAUCAAAAUCGGUUCACCAUUCCGGCAAAUCAGAUUAGAGAGGAGUUCCUGAGCAAUGAAGAGAAGAUAAAUCUGUCAAAGUACGUGAGUAAGGGACGAAAAAUGGCUAUGACAGUGAAGAUUAUUGAGCCAUUGCUUGGUGAAGGAACUGUGGAGUUGAGAAGAUGGGACUUGAAGAAAUAUUCAGGACGUUCGAGCUUGUCGUACGUGUUGAAUAAAACUUGGGGCGAAAUUCUUGAGAAUAACAAACUCGAGAUUGGGAAUGUCAUGCAACUUUGGGCUGCUCGAGUUGAUGAAGAAUUGCUGUUCGUGCUUGUCAAGCUUGCCUGA